AACAAAAAAACCAAAAAAAAAACCUGCCAGUCAUUGAGAGAUGACGAGUGAUCUCAACAGAAUAUCAAUCGCAGCGAUCUCAGUGUUCUCGGGACCUAACCCCACGUCCUGCACGUGGCGCAAUGCUGAGUGUUGAUUGGGUGAUUGAACCUGGGGGACAGAGGGCAGGUGUGAUUAUAAUCAACACGAUUCAGUAGCAGUUUUGUUUCUAAACAAAUACUUGAGACUGAUAAUGCAGAUAUAAAGUUUUCUGGUUUGUAAGAUGCUGGCCAACUGCAUGUACUCUCACCCUCCCUCCCACUGCCUCAAUAAAGGGAAGCAAUCGAUGAAUGAAUUUCUGCUCAGACGACCUCCACCUCCAUCCCUGCUCCAUGGCGUACGCUGCUGCCUCCCACCUCCCUCCUAACAGUCCGGUCUGGCCUCUAACAAUAGCGCCUGGUGCACAGCUGUUGCUGUCAGCUUGUGUUACAAGUGCAAACUACCAGCGCACUUGGAUGACCAUCAGACGCAAGGAGAGGAGGGCAGAGUGUAUGUGGCAGUCAGCGGCCUCCUUCUCGCCUCGCUCCCUCCCUACUCCCCCCACCCCACCCCUGCCUGCUCCCUCGAUCGCUUGUGCCAGAGAUGGCGAAGCUGUGCAGCAGCAGCAGCAGCCCUCCACAGACAAGCUGUCAGCCCGCCAGCCCGAGUGUCGGUAUGCGAGAGGUUGGACCACUCCACCACCACGAGGACAGGCUGCGAUUGUGGAGGACUGUUUACGGGCUGUUCUCUCCCUUGUUCAGAACCUGGCGCGUCCUUCUGUCGAUUUUUCUCGUAAACUAACCUCGUGCCCUGUGCCCUUGUACCUUGUGCCAUGGCGCGUGCGGGCACGUGUGUGUGUGUAUGCUCGCGCGUGCGUCCGGUAACUUCGCCGGGUAGACGGUUGGUGUAGAGGUGUGCGAGAGAUGCAACAAUUCUGGGACUGUCCUACUGAGAUGACGGGACUGGAGUAACCGUGCAGCGUCUGGCCACCAGCUGCAGUCACAGGGGCACAGACAGCUGCGGCACGAGGGGCACAGACAGCUGCAGCUACCGCGCCUGCGCUCUGCCCUCUAGGAGGCGUUUCUACGACACGUGCGAGAAAGGGUGGAGUUGGGGGGGAGGGACAACUUCUUGCCCUCUGGAGAGUGUUUGCUGAAGAGGAAAGUUUCCAUUCUCAUCCUUGAGAUUCUCAGUGUCUGCGACUCACAGUCGAUUGCCAGUGAAAGUGGUGCCAGGAUGGGAAGCAUGUCGUCAUGGAUACUGCUUCUUUUAGCAGGAGUGCUGGCGGGCGGGCCUGGAGCCGCUGGUGCUAAGGACAUGACGACAUCAGAUAUCUGCCUGGAUGAUGGCCUCAGUCUCCAGUGCUCCUUUGAUCACGUGGUGCAUAUCCAGACAGUCACGUGUGGCGACGGCAGUUACGCAUGCGCAUCGGAAGUGAAGUCGACGUUGGCGCGUCUUUGCGAGGGGCGCUCAUCGUGUGCGGGGCUGGGGUUGCGGGACUUGUUCAGUGUUCAGUGCUCAAGUCCAGUGCCGCGAACUCGCAGGCUUGUAGUCACCUUCACCUGCCAGCCAGAUUCCGGCCCUGCGCCAGCCUGCAGGACCAACCUGUGUAGCGACCACAGUCGUGGCCUGCGCUGCUCCGAGGGCAGCGUGCUGCACGUGCGCAACGUCACGUGCCUUGGCGGCCUUGAACCCUGCUCCUGGGCCACGUACGUGACCUUGUACUCGCUGUGCGAGAGUCGUGCCGAGUGUGACUCCUCGGGACUGCGCAUGCUCAUGCCAGCCUACUGCAACAACUCGGCGCCGCAAGUCAGGAAUGUCUUCGUCGACUACCUCUGCGUUCCCAAGGAGCUGCUGCACACCCAGUGUGAGGGUGAGUACCAGACGCUGGACAAGCCCUUCGGCCUGCUGAUGAACCCCGCCUUCGGAGGUCGUCCAGGGGGCGCCAAUGCGCAAUGCAGCUGGCUGCUGUCCCCUGGCGAGCCGUCACGGAAGAUCAUCGUCACCGUGCACGUGGCACACAGCAAGUGGGGCACCCCGAACUGUUCCAACACAUUUCUGAGGGUUCGCUACAAGGACUGCGACACUCAACUUUUCACCACGCAGCACUUCUGUGACCUGCGCCAGGUCAACACCCCGCUGACGUCAUGUGGACCCGUUGAGGUCAGCAGCUGGUUGCCAGCUGCAUCCGACCAGGCUGACCGCUUCCUCGUGUCCUACCAGAUUGUGGAAAAAGACACGAAGGAAUCCACCCCCGGCAACAUGUCGAGAUGCAGCACUCCCCUGGUGACACCACCACCCACGUCCACCACCCGCCAGACGACGCGCGCCGUUCAGACGGGUCGCAACUACGGGCCGGCGGCUACUAUGUUCGACUACUCGGACACCAUCAGACAUACAGGCGAUGACGCCUCGAGGACGGAUGAUAACUACAAACCGGUCACCUUGCAGUUCAAAUUGCUCGUCCUUUACGUCUUCUUUGGCGUGGUCAUCAUCGCCCUGGUCAUCGCUCUUGUCUACGUGCUCGUCAGCUACCGCGGCAUUUCACGGCACAAGCGGUCGCGUGGCGACAGCAGCGAGAAGGCCGCCCUCUGGCGGCGGGACGAGACUCCGCUGGACACGUUUAACCACAACAGCCACAACAGCCUGGCAGAGCUGAGCGUCAUUUCCCCCACCACAGCAGCCGCCUGCCCCGACACCUGCAACAACCACGUGAUCUCCUCCUUGCCCGACUCGCAGGUGGUGGCCACCGUCCACGCCCAGUCUGGUGACGAGGAGGAGGACCACAGGCUAAGCACCGGAAGUGGUUUCUCCAGCUUCCUGUCGGGCAGAGAUUCCGCAUUCUGGAGCAGCACCAACCCCUACGCCAACGUCGGCCACAUCGAUAUCGAUGCCAUCGCAGGCAAAGACAGAGCGAGCCCUGCUCUCCGCGCAGACGAUGACAAGGGCAACAUUGUCGAGGGGUUGGAACAAGGGACACACCGUAAGCCAGAGGAGUAGCGGGCUGGUGAUGAACGGUGACUUCGGCGACAUUUACGAAUCUAUCGACGAUCACCAGCUCGUACCAUCGCCCGCCGUCCUCCACAACGACGUCAGGUGCGAACGUCACGACAGUCCCGAUGUGGAGGACGCUGCUAUGGAGCGUGUCCCUCUGAUGUCAGGACUCUCCACACCCCGCCUUCGCCUCCCUUGCCUCCGCCACCACCAGCACUCUUCCUGGACGACAUGGAGUCCGACGCGGAUGGAGUGCCCCACUACGUGGUCAACGAUGACGAAUAUGCGAUGAUCACGAGGCCUAGUUUGCGAACGCACAGUCCGUCCCAUCACUCCUCACCGGCGGCCGAGUACAGCAACUUACUCUGCCUGGCUCAGGACAGCUCCGCCACCAGCCACUCAUCGGACCCCGCCUACGUCAGCCUCGACACUUUCCGCCAGGACUCGAUUCCAGUCGUUGAUUUUCGGCCGGCUUCGGGGCCGUACAACAGAGAUCGGAGCAAAGACUUGCAGUCGCCGCCCAGUACGGCCAUCAGGGGGCGCCAGUGGACAGAUGAGUCGUAGUCGCGAAAGGAGGGAGGGGGGCUACAGGUGCUGCUUGCACGCGUCACGUGACGUGAUGCUCGCCCUCUCUGUCCUCUCAUGAUGCACGCUUCACAGGUGAUGUCCGCCCUCUCUCCUCUCAUAAUGCACGCGCCUCGCUCCACUACUCACCCUUCUCUCUCUCUCUCAUGGUGACUCCCUGACGUUUUUGGCUAGGCGAGGAUUUGGUGGCCACACCUGUCACGUGAUGUUUCCGCUGGUCGAUGAUGUUUCUACACCAAUCACGUGAUGGUUCGAGCUGUGCAGUGUACUGAUUUGAGGAACAUCUGUACACUGAAGACAACAUGUAAACUAAAAAUACUCGCACAGCGGUACGAUGGGUUGGAUGGGGUUGGGGAGGAAAAUACUUUCAAAAUGCAGUGUAUUCAGUAACCAAGCUCGACAUCGACAAAGUGAGCACCGCAAUGGAUGCUUUAUGCAGAACCAGUAACAAAGACCUUGUGCUUCUAUAGACUUAGUUACUGAGUACUGUAUUCUUGAAAGUCUUUCACUGUUUAUGACUAACCCAUCCCUUUGGGAUUUCGUGCUUUUUUGUUUUCCAUGCAUUCAUGACCAUUGUUAUGUUUAUUAUUUGUGAUUCAUUUUUACUUUGAGAACGACAACCCUUUCCUUGUGUUCCUGAUCUGUGCAUAGUCGACACGAGCACUGUUACCGCGACCGAGUUUUUAAAAAAAAAGAUAAAAACAUUUUCAAUAAAAAUAAACCAACUACU